ACACAAUAGCACGUACAAAGCUCAUGUAUGAGGCACAGGGAGUGUAAAUAAGGAGCUGAGAGAAGCCUGCGUGGAGAGGAGGAAGGGGGCGUUCACUGUCCGGAGCGCAUGUUACAUAAAAGGUGGGAAAGUAGAGAGAGUGCCAUGCUGCUGCUGGAGUCCUGAACGGAGCUGACACCACUGAAUCUACCUCUUUAUUUCACCCAGAGUGCACAGAAAGAUGGCGGCGUCCCUGCUGAGGAUAGGACGACUGAACUGCAUCAAGUGUCUGCAGGCUGAGAGCUGGCUCGCUCUGAGCAGGGCGCCCACAGCUGUAGCUUUCAGCUCAAAGUCUGGAGGUUCCAAGAAGCCGUCUAAAAAGAGUUCAGACAAAAAUGACCCUAAAACAUACUUCGAUAUAGAGAAACUUGUUCAACACAAAACAUAUGAGUUGCCCAAGAAAGAAGCUUCGUCUACAGCAGCGGCAGCAGCUGCAGCGGCAGAAGCUGCCACUGCUGCAGCCCAGGCUGCCUCAACUCCCCCUGCCGAACCCACCCCAGAGCCUGCUGUGGCCAACGUUGUCGCCGAAAGUUCCCCCGUCGUAGAAGCUGCUGCAGCUGCACCGGUUGUGGAGGCCGUCUCAGAAGCCGUUGCAGAAGCUGCACCAGUGGUGGAGGCCGUUGCAGAAGCUGCACCAGUAGUGGAGGCCGUUGCAGAAGCUGCACCAGUGGUGGAGGCCAUUGCAGAAGCUGCACCAGUGCCGGAGGCCGUUGCAGAAGCUGCACCAGUGGCGGAGGCCGUUGAAGAAGCUGCACCGGUAGUGGAGGCCGUUGCAGAAGCUGUCGCAGAAGUUGUCGCAGAAGCUGCACCAGUGGUUGAAGCUGUUGCAGAAGUGGUUGCAGAAGCCGUUCCAGUGGUUGAAGCUGUUGCAGAAGUUGUUGCAGAAGCCAUUCCAGUGGUUGAAGCUGCCUCCCCAGCUCCUGAAGCCCCACCUGCGACUGAGGACACAGCAGCUGAAGUUCCUGUUGAAGCUGCUCCUGCUGCUGAAGUUGAAGCUGCCCCGGAGCCAGUGGCAGAAGCAGCACCGGAACCAGUGGUAGAAGCGGCACCAGAGCCAGUUGUUGAGGCCGCCCCGGAGCCUGUGGUAGAAGCGGCACCAGAGCCAGUUGUUGAGGCCGCCCCGGAACCAGUUGUUGAGGCCGCCCCGGAGCCUGUGGCAGCAGCGGCGCCGGAGCCCGUUGUUGAGGCUGCCCCAGAGCCGGUGGCAGAAGCUGACGGAGGAGAGCCGUUGGUUGCAGCAGUUGAACCAUCUGAGGCUCAAAUGGACCCCAUUCAGAAGCUCUUCUUGGACUCCAUACGCCAGUACUCGUCACAGAGCGCGGUCACCGGCGGCCUGGUGGAUGCAGGGGCAGAGUACGAGAAGUCUCUGGCAGAGGAGGUGGCCAAGCUGCAGAGGCUCUAUGGUGGAGGAGACCUCGAAUCUUUCCCACAGUUCAAGUUCACAGAGCCAACACUGGAUGAAGUCGCCCAGAAGUAAACACCAGCACUUCCAGCCCUUCUUUUCUACUUUUUCAUGUACGUCUGCUCCUGGGUGGAUAGUUAGUGGUCUGCAUGGUGUUAGAGAGCUCCCCUUUGCCUCCAGCUUUGCCUCUGAAAAGUGUUCUAUGGAUUAGGGACGUGAAGCUAUAACUUUGGAUGUACUGUGAGAAGCUUAGAGCUGUAAAUUCAGCUGUAGAGUGAAGAAAAUAAAGUCCAGGUCACAAAAGUUGUUCUUUCAUUGUUUGACUUUUUAUUUGAUCAUCUUUAAUGAAGACACCGGCGCUUAACGGAGU